AUGGACGACGACCCGGCCACCUCCCACGCCCGGGAUAAGGAGGCUCUCAGGUCCCUCGCCGACGAGCUGCUCGAGCUGGAAGCCGACCGCGAUCUCCAGCAGGUCAUUGUCGAGUCUUACGAAACCGCACCCAACCCAGACGCCUACUCCAACGACAAAAAGGGCGCCGUGCGCACACUCGAGGCCGUGAAGAAGACGAUCGACGACAAGAAGCUCCAGAAGCGCCGUCUGGAGCAGCGCAUCCACGCUGCUAGGAGCGCCGACCGCCAAACGGCCAGAGACGUCGCCUCCGGCGAGGAUAGGAACAUGUGGGAGGCACGCAAUCGCUGGGGAACCGCUGCGGUUCCGUACAGAACAUCAGCAGGCUCUCACGGCUCGGGUUUAUCGCAAGGAAUCCCGACCAUGUCCAGCAACAUGGGCGACCCGGCCCCGGGCUAUUCUGGAUCGUCCGCCUUCAUGAACGGCUCCAGAGGAGCUCCGGCCUUUGGCCAAACUGGAAUUCCGCCAUCCACCAACAACAAGAGGUCUUUCGGAAAUGCUUCCGAGCCUUUCAGUCAGUCCAGUCCUGGCCGAAGCAAAUCUCAGCGCACCAACGAUGUGUUGUCUGAUAUCAUUGAUCUUACUGGGGACGAUGAUGAGAUCAACACGUCGAUCUCACGCUCGCGGCAGCGCGAGGCGAUGGCACAGGGCAGUAGAGCUGCGAUGAUGGCGCGCCGACCCAGGCCUUACGCCUCCAGAUCUACCUCUUUCGCGCCCCAGCCGGCCACCAACGGCGUCUCUAGGUCCUCAUUCUUCAAUAGCCCAUCCAGCUGGGACUUUGGUAACCCGCAAGGCCAAUCAAGCUCUUCUUCGAGCAUGGCUUCGACUCCCGGCGCAGACAUCAUCCCGCGUAUGCCUGGCUCCUUCAUCGACGACGAAACCCCAUUCACAUCGUUCAUGCCGGCUACCCAUAUGUACAACCACAACCCUUACAAUAUCGUCAACGGAUCUGGCCGCAGCACCGCCGAUGUGAUCAACCGGACCAACAACUUCAACUUCAUGGACCUCACGGACGAAUCCGGAAACCCCCUGGAUGCUCGUGUGGUUUCCAUCAUGCAGGACAUUAACGACGACCCUCGCAGAUCGAAAGAAGAAGUCGAGGCACUUUUGCGCAAUGUACACGCAGGAGUGGAAAUUCCGGAGGAGGACCGUGAUGGAACGCCCGAGGCCAUGAGGUAUCCCCUCUAUGCUCAUCAGAGAGUGGCCUUGACCUGGAUGAAGCGCCAGGAGCAAGGCACCAACAAGGGGGGCAUCCUGGCCGACGACAUGGGCCUGGGAAAGACGAUUUCCGUCCUGGCCUUGAUGGUGUCAAAUAAGUCACCGACGCUCACGCGCAAGACGACUCUGAUUGUGGCCCCCCUAUCUCUUAUUCGGCAGUGGGAGAAUGAGAUCAAGAAGAAGCUCAAGACAGACCACGCCCUGUCGGUGUACAUUUACCACAACACACAGAAGAUCAAGGCUCAAGAGUUGAUGAAGUACGACGUCGUCUUGACAACGUACGGAACACUCGUUUCUGACCGAAAGAAGUUGGCGAUCUACAAGAAGAAUCUCGGCACGCGAGAAAUGUUCUCCAAGACUGACCCGCACCUGGCCAACUCCGUUUCUCUGUUCCACCCGGACUACUCAAUGUUUUACCGUGUGGUUCUCGACGAGAGCCAAUGGAUCAAGAACCACAAGGCACAGGCGGCUUUGGCAGUCGCUGAUCUGAUGAGCCAGUACCGUUGGUGUCUGUCUGGGACUCCGAUGAUGAACGGUGUCGACGAGCUGUACUCGCUUUACCGAUUCCUGAGAAUCAAGCCUUACAACGACUGGGCCAAGUUUCGCGGCGCCUUUGGUGUGCUCUUUGGCAAGAGAGGUGACCCCAAGGCGCAGGCAAUGAGAAACCUGCAGGUCCUCCUCAAAGCGACACUUCUGCGUCGCACGAAAUCCUCUCAGAUUGACGGAAAGCCCAUCCUGCAGCUUCCCGAGAAGACCGAGGAGGUGGUUUACGCAGAACUGGACGAGGACGAGCGCAAGUUCUACACGGAUCUCGAGACCAAGUCGCAGGUUCAGAUCAACAAGUACCUUCGAAAAGGCACUCUCGGCAAGCAUUACUCCCAUGUCUUGGUGCUGCUGCUCCGCCUCCGUCAGACUUGUUGCCAUCCGCACUUGUUGCUGGAGGCCGACGAUGCGGUCCCUGAAGUGGAUGACAACAUGCUCGAGCGCGUCAAGUCCCUUUCCUUGACUGUCGUCCAGCGGCUCACCGAGAAAUCCCGAGCCCUCGAGAAUGCCGACGCUAUCAACGAAGGCUUCGAGUGCCCCAUCUGCUACGACAUGAUGCCCGACCCGACCAUCCCACUUCCUUGUGGUCAUGAGCUCUGCGCCGGGUGUCUCAAGCAGCACGUCGACAACGCCAAACGUGAAAACCUUAGGAACGGUGAGGAUGAAGGCCAGGUCAAGUGCGCCGUCUGCAGGGGCCCGCUAAACCCGGCAAACAUCAUUACCUAUGCGGCCUUCAAAAAGGUCCACAUGCCGGAAGAGGCCAGCGGCAGCUCCGAGGAUGAAGAGUCGGAUGGAUCAGUCUGGAGCAGCGACGAUGACGAGGAGGAGGAGGGCGACGAAGAAUCCAAUGCGGAUGAUGUCGAUAAGAGAGGCAACCUCAAGAACUUUGUCGUUCCCGACAUCUACGCUGAUAUUAGUGAUGGUGAAGACGGGUCGUCCGCCUCGCCAGCGCCAAAGCCCGAGACACCCAAGAAGAAGAAAAAGAAGCAUAGGAGCAAGGGAAAGCAGAAGGCGGUCGUCUCCCCGAGCAAGGAAGUCAAGAAGAGGCUCAAGAAGAUCAAGGGAUCCAUGUUACAGUCCCUUCGCAAGGACGCCAAGAAGAACGCCGCUGCAUGGAGAGACUACACUAAGUACCUGAGCCACCACUGGCUCACCUCGUCCAAGACCAGAGCCUGUGUGGAGCUCCUCCGAACAAUACAGGAGACUGGCGAGAAGACCAUCAUUUUCUCCCAAUGGACAAUGCUUCUGGAUCUUCUGCAGGUUGCAAUCAAGAAGGAGGGUCUCAACAUCAAGCACUGUCGCUACACGGGUGAGAUGAGCAUGGCACAGCGGGACGACACAGCCUUCACCUUCUCGACGGACCCGAGCAUGAAGGUCAUGAUGGUGUCUCUACGCGCCGGAAACGCCGGUCUCAACCUUGUCUCGGCCUCGCGAGUCAUCAUCAUGGACCCUUUCUGGAAUCCUUACAUUGAGAUGCAGGCAGUGGAUCGAGCGCACCGCAUCGGCCAACAGAGGCCGGUGAAGGUGUAUCGCAUCCUGACGCAAGAGACGGUGGAGGAUCGUAUCAUCCAGCUUCAGGAGAAGAAGAGGGCGACGGUCGAUGCUGCUUUGGACGAGCGGGAGGGCGCCAAACUGGCCGGUCUCAGCAUGACGGAACUCCGGUUCUUGUUCAACCUCUAA